UGCGUUUAGAACGUGGGGGUAACUUCCGGUGUAUCCCGUUGCCUAGGAACAGUAAAGCGACGGGUUCGUCGCGGAGCUCCGUUUGCUGAAUGCUGUUCUAGUGAACCGGAGGGGGAUGGCACAUGAUUCUCUCAGGACAACUCUUGCUUACACUAAAAGUCCCAAAAAUUCCAAGAGAACCACCUUCCAGGACGAAUUGCAGGCUGCUAUUUCAGCCAGAACUCUGAGAAAUAAGAGCGACGAAUGGUUUUCUUAUUCAGAUGACUUUGAUGAGGAAAAUGAUAAUGAAGAUGACAUAUUGAAAGAGCUGCUAAUUUCAAAGCUGAAGAAGACCGCAACGUUGAAAGCUGGGAACAAGAAAUCUAAAAUCAACGAUUUCAAGUUCUCUGAUGACGAAGAUGAAAAUGUGAAGCCUAAGAGAGUUUCGUUUAUGAAAACGGGAAGAAAAAGUUCUCCCGCACCCGCCGAGGACUCAGAUCGCAGCAAAAGUGAGAACGGACACGUUGACGAGGAGCUGAAGGACAGCCGGAGCGACUCGUCCCAGUCAGUUUUGUCCAGAAAUAGUCAUCCAGAGACCAGGGAGUCUCCAACGUCAGAGAGGAGUCGGAGGGAGUCCAGUUUGUCUCCACCUUAUGACAAGACUGACGGAGGGCAAGAGAGUCUAACAGGGGGAGAGGACUCCUCCGUCACACUGCCUAGGGAUCAGAGCAUCACUUGGACCUCCUCCACAGGUAGCAUUUUUGAACAUGAGCUCCCUAAACCGAAACCACGUCGGAUCAUCCUCAAGGCUGGCAGCAACACUGAGGAGGAGAGCGAGGCGGGAGGCGAGUCAUCUCCAAGGAGGCAGCCCACCUCUUCCAUGUCCAUUCACCUGUCUUCCACAGACGUGGCCAGCAGCAUCUCCUCACCCGGACGGAGGGGAGCAUCGAGGAGCUCCAGCCCACAGAAGCUCACCGAGGAGGACCUCUCCGUUUCAUCCAAGUUCAGCAGGCCUUCAUGUUCAGAUGGCGAGCAGCUGCCGGCUUCCCUUAAUCACUCUGUGGACGGCUCAUCGAGCAGAGAGUGCGGAGUCUCGGACGACAGCGCGGGGGGGAACGAACGCGUGUAUUCCACUUCCUUUGAGGAAUAUCAGAAGGACAGUAAAGAUGGACAGAGCAGUCUCUCGGAGAGUUUCGGCAAGACCAGGCCUUCGAGCGCUACCAUACAACGCCCUUCCAAGACCCGACCAUCCCGCCCGCACACAGCGGAGUCUCGCUACCUGGGCACUUUGAGAGUUCUUGACCUUAAAGCGACCCUGAAAGAGUCGCAAGCCAAUGAUGCAGACACUCUCCGAGCUUCGGUGUACCAGGAAUGGCUUAAAAAUAAAAAUGCAAAAAUGAAAGAAUCUUUGAGGAUCAAAAGACAAGAUGAAAGAGCACAAGAGGAGAAGAAGCUUCAGGAGGAGCUCGCGAAGAAGCAGGAGGCCAAGGCGUCCUUUGAAGCCUGGAAGCAGAAGAAAGCAGGCUGUAUAAAAGCGAAACUGAAGCAAGACCAAGAAAUGAGUGAAAAGAAACAAAAGGAGAUGGAAGAAAAGCGGGAAACGGCAAAGGAGGUGUUUGAGAAGUGGAAAAAGCAGCGAGAUGUACUUUUAAAAGAGAGGAUAAAGAAACAGAAGCUGAAAGAGAAUCUGCUGAAACAGAAGCACGUUGAGGAGAAGGACGAGAGGAAAAGAGAGAGCGUGUCAGCCUUUUCCAAAUGGAGUGAAGAAAAAAAAGAAAUUAUUAUUGAGAAAGUAAAGAUGGAACGCAGACAGAAAACGAUUAAAGAAGAGGAGGAGAAAUAUGAGAAAGAUGAAAAAGAGAGGAUGGCACUGGAGAUGUAUGAGAGUUGGCUGCAACGGAAAGAACGACAGGAGAGAAGAGAGAGAAGAGAGAGGAGGAUUCAUGCUAUUCUGGAGGAAGAGACUCCGCCCCCCUGGAGCCCACCCAAUAGGACAGUCCCAUUUGGGAAGUAGGCCCACCCUUUUUCCUCUAAUUUCGUAUUCGUUGCUCCGAGUUUAGAUUUCGUGAAACUAGAUCUGUCCGCGUUUGUGUUCUUGCAAGAAAUAGUUGUAUUAUACGUUUGAUUGUAUGUACAUUGGCUUCUCAGUUAUGAAUGAUGAAGUUAUGAUUUUUCAAAGAUAGAAAAUACUUUUUCCAGUUUAUGUUUAUUUUGUAAUAUUUCUGCUUGAAGCAGCAUGUACGAUUCCUGUUUUUACACACCCAACCCUUAGACGUCAGUAAGAAGUACCCAUAACAUAAUUAGACUCCCAGACCAAAUUCAUUUAAGUCACAUCCACAGUGUUUACAGCUCCCGUCUGGUGUUCUUCAGUGCUGGUGAUCAAUAAAAAAAUGAAAAUCUUUGCACAUGUUUAUGGGAUGAACUCAACAAGAGCUUGUGGGCACAGUAUAUUU